AUGAUCUAUCUGUCUUUCUUUUUAAUAUCAAUGAAUCUAUCUAUCUAUCUAUCUUUUAAUAUCUUUUAUCUAUCUGUCUAUCUAUCUCAAUCUUUUGAAUCUCCAUUAAUCUAUCUAUCUAUCUAUCUAUCUAUCUAUCUAUCUAUCUAUCUAUCUAUCUGUCAUCUUUUAAUUUAUCUCUGUCUAUCAUCUGAUUCUUUUUAUCUUAAAUCUAACUAUUUAUCUAUCUAUCUCUCUAUCCUUUUAAUAUCUUCUAUCUACCUAUCCGAAUCUUUUAAUUCUAUUUAUCUAUCGGGUUCUUUAAUUUCUGUCUAUCUAUCUAUCUGUCCGAGUCUUUUAAUUCUGUCUAUAUCUAUCUAUCUAUCUAUCCAUCUUUCUCUUCUAUCUAUCUAUCUAUCUAUCCAUAAUUCUAUCUAUCUGGUCUAUCUAUCUAUCUUCUGUCUAUCUAUCUAUCUAUCACAACUUUUAAUUCAAUCUAUCUAUCUAUCUAUCUAUCUAUCUAUCUAUCUAUCUAUCUAUUUAUCGAUCUUUUAUUCUAUCUAUCUAUCUAUCUCUGUCUAUCUGUCUAUCUAUCUAUCUAUCCAUCCAAAUCUUUUAAUUCAAUCUAUCUCUAUCUUUUAG